CGACUGCGGCUCCCAGCGUGCCGCGCGCCGCCGGAAGCGGUGGCUUCUCUGACGCCAGUUCCGGCAGGAGAUCGUGGGGGCUGUGGGUCCGCGCGCUGGUUCUCUGUUGGCAGCGGCUGUUGGCGGGGUCCCGGUCGGCGGCAGCACCGGCACCAUGGCAUCCCUUUCCCUUGCUCCUGUGAACAUUUUCAAGGCAGGCGCAGAUGAAGAAAAGGCAGAAACGGCUCGGCUUUCGUCCUUUGUUGGUGCCAUUGCUAUUGGUGACCUGAUCAAGAGCACUCUGGGGCCUAAAGGCAUGGACAAGAUUCUUCUAAGUACUGGGAGAGCUAGCACAGUAACAGUUACCAAUGAUGGUGCAACCAUCCUGAAAGCUAUUGGAGUUGACAACCCAGCUGCCAAGGUCUUGGUUGACAUGUCAAAGGUUCAAGAUGAUGAAGUUGGCGAUGGGACUACGUCUGUCACGGUGUUGGCAGCUGAAUUACUGAGGGAGGCAGAAUUACUGAUUUCAAAGAAGAUUCAUCCUCAGACGAUUAUUGCAGGCUGGAGAGCAGCCACAAAAGCUUCAAGAGAGGCACUUUUGAAAGCAGCUGUGGAUCAUGGUGAUGAUGAAGUGAAGUUCCGUGAAGAUUUGAUGAACAUUGCAGGAACAACCCUUUCAUCCAAAUUACUUACUCAUCAUAAAGAUCACUUUGUCAAGUUAGCUGUAGAAGCUGUCCUUAGGUUGAAAGGUUCUGGUAAUUUGGAGGCUAUCCACGUCAUUAAGAAACUUGGUGGAAGUUUGGCUGAUUCCUACUUGGAUGAGGGCUUUUUACUCGACAAGAAGAUUGGUGUAAAUCAGCCAAAAAGAAUAGAAAAUGCAAAGAUUCUAAUUGCAAAUACUGGUAUGGAUACAGACAAAAUUAAGAUUUUUGGCUCUCGUGUUAGAGUGGACUCUGCAGCAAAAGUGGCAGAAAUAGAACAGGCAGAAAAAGAAAAAAUGAAGGAGAAGGUUGAGAGUAUUCUGAAGCAUGGCAUAAACUGCUUUAUUAACAGGCAGUUGAUCUACAACUACCCUGAACAGCUCUUUGGAGCUGCUGGCGUCAUGGCUAUUGAACAUGCGGACUUUGCUGGUGUUGAACGUCUGGCUCUUGUUACAGGUGGUGAAAUUGCAUCAACCUUCGAUCACCCUGAGCUAGUAAAACUAGGAAGCUGCAAGCUUAUUGAGGAAGUCAUGAUUGGAGAAGAUAAGCUCAUUCAUUUCUCUGGAGUGGCAAUGGGUGAAGCUUGCACCAUAGUUUUGCGUGGAGCAACACAGCAGAUUCUAGAUGAAGCAGAGAGGUCUUUGCAUGAUGCUCUCUGUGUUCUUGCCCAGACCGUGAAAGACACUAGAACUGUGUAUGGUGGAGGUUGUUCAGAGAUGCUGAUGGCUAAUGCUGUUGCAGAACUUGCCAUCAGAACACCCGGCAAAGAGUCUGUUGCAAUGGAGUCCUUUGCUAAAGCCUUACGGAUGAUCCCAACAAUAAUAGCUGACAAUGCUGGCUAUGACAGUGCAGAUUUGGUUGCUCAGCUCAGAGCUGCUCACAGUGAAGGGAAGACUACUUACGGACUUGAUAUGAGAGAGGGUACCAUUGGAGACAUGGCAGCCUUGGGAGUAACAGAAAGUUUCCAAGUUAAGAGACAAGUUUUGCUGAGCGCAGCAGAAGCAGCAGAAAUGAUUCUUCGUGUAGAUGACAUUAUUAAAGCAGCACCAAGAAAACGUGUACCGGACAAUCGCCCAUGUUAAAUUUUCUUCAGUACCGGAUGAGCACAGUGAGGAUGUGUGGACCAGAUCUCACCUAGUAGCUUUUUUUUAAUGAUCUGUUUCUUGUGAGGUUGUGGAACAGAAGCUUGAAAAGAGCAAAUCUCCAUCAAUAACAUGAAAUAACUGACUUCAGUUGGCUUUAACUUAUUUCAGUUUCUGUAUGUUGUGGGGAAGAAUUCACUUUCAAGUAAAUCAGGGGCUUUAUACAACCCUCUUCUGUUCCUCUCCACGUUCCACUUAAAAUACAUGGAAAUAAAUAAAAAUUCAUAUUCAUCAAA